CACAUGACACCUUACACGCAUGAUCCAGCCCUGUAGGAUAUACCUUCCCAGUAGGGACACCGUUCUGUUUGCUGCUCUGGAGCCAUUCAAAUAUUUUCUCAGGCUUUAAGGAAGGGGCACUAAACUGAUGGACAUCAUGUUUAAAGCUUCCUCUCUGCUCCUGCUGACACUGCUCCUGAAUGUUCAGCUAUGCUCACCUGCACCAAUACCUUCCAGAGCUUGUAAGCCCUCAGUUGUUGCUAAAAAACUGGCACCAGUAACAGACGAUCACAGUGACUUUAAAAAAGAUGAAGAAUCUAUUCAGGAGAAACUCAUUUCAGUUGUUGCAGAACAGGCACCUCCAUUGCCUGAAGAUUCACCUGUUGAAGAAAACAUUCCAGAACCAGAACUUGGUUUGAUCGAAGAUCAGGUAUCUGAAGCAGAAGCUGUGUCUCAGGAAUCAGAACCUGGGGAUCCUUUGGCUGCAGUUCCACAAGAUUCUUCCGAACAAGAAACUGUCCCUUUAGAUGAGGCUUCCCCAGAUGAAACAGAACAUAGUCAUCAAGAUGAUCCAGCUCCAGAAUCGCCAGUCCCAGUCUUACCUUUGGACACUUCAGAAGAUGAAGCUCCUGAAGAAAAAGCAGAAGAAACUGCUAUUGCUGAAGAUGGCGAUGUCCAAAUUGCAUCUACAGAACAUAAUGGUUUGGAGGAUCCAGCUCUAGAAGCACCGGUCCCAGUUGUUCUUUUGGAGGCGUCAGAAGAUGAAGCUCCUGAAGAAAAGGCAGAAGAAACUGCUGUUGCUGAAGAUGGUGAUGUCGAAAUUGCAUCAGUAGAAGAGAAUGGUUCGGAGGAUCUAGCUCCAGAUGCAGGCAUCCCAGUUGUUCUUUUGGAGGCGUCAGAAGAUGAAGCUCCUGAAGAAAAGGCAGAAGAAACUGCUGUUGCUGAAGAUGGUGAUGUCGAAAUUGCAUCAGUAGAAGAGAAUGGUUCGGAGGAUCUAGCUCCAGAUGCAGGCAUCCCAGUUGUUCUUUUGGAGGCGUCAGAAGAUGAAGCUCCUGAAGAAAAGGCAGAAGAAACUGCUGUUGCUGAAGAUGGUGAUGUCGAAAUUGCAUCAGUAGAAGAGAAUGGUUCGGAGGAUCUAGCUCCAGAUGCAGGCAUCCCAGUUGUUCUUUUGGACGCGUCAGAAGAUGAAGCUCCUGAAGAAAAGGCAGAAGAAACUGCUGUUGCUGAAGAUGUUGAUGUCGAAAUUGCAUCUACAGAAGAGAAUGGUUCGGAGGAUCUAGUUCCAGCCAUCUCAGUUGUUCUUUUGGAGGCUUCAGAGGAUAAAGCCACAGCGGAAAACACAAAAGAAGAACCUGUUGAAGCUGUGUCCAGAGAAGAGCAUGGUGAACCAGCUAGGGUUGCACCUGUCCCCUGUAUUCCUGUAGAGGCUUCGGAGGAUAAAAAGGCAGCAGAAGAGUCUGCACCAGAAGAAUCUUUACUUAUAGUCCCUGUUGACAUUACUCAUGUAGAAGAAGAACCUAUUCCUGUUACACCAGAAGAAAAGGAACCUGCUGCAGAGGAAUUGGUUCCAGAAGAGUCAGCCCCAGAAGAUCCAGCCAUCAUUGUUCCAUUGGAUUCUGCUGAGAAGGAACCUGAGCUGGAAGAACAAGUUGAAGAAGAAUUGAUCACUGCUGCUGUGGAGGAAACAGCACCAGAGGAGUCAGCCCCAGAAGAACCUGCUUUGAUCCUUCCAGUCAAACCAGAUGAACAGAAGCCAGAUCAAGAGAUACAUGAGGAAAUGGUCCCUUUAGUUGUUUCAGAAAAAAAAGAAGAGGAAGCUCCAGAAGAACAAGUUGAAGAAGGAGAAGAUCUUGCCCCGGUAGUGCUGGAAGAAACAGAUGCUGAGGUGGACCCUGCUAGUAACAAAGAACCCCUUCCCAGCACAUUAGAAGAGGAGGAACCAGCUGGCCUCCUUCCCGCUGAGCUUGAGACAGAAGAAGAGGGUCAAAUGGAACCUGCUGCCGAGGACACUCAACCACAAGAGUCAGCCUUAGAAGAUCCAGUUGUCAUUGUUCCUUUGGAUUCAGUCGAGGAGGUUCCAGAGCUGGAGGAAGAUAGUGAAGAACUGAUUCCCAUAGUCUUACCAGAAGAACCAGAAGAAGAAGCUCCAGAGGAGGAUGUAGAAUCAGAGGCUGCACUGGUGCCUGUCCCAAUUGUCCCAGAAGAAAAUAUCCAAGAAGGCCCUACUACCCAGGAAGAACUUCCUCCUUGUGAACCAGAAGAAGAGGAACCCGUUGUCCUUGUCCAUGAAGGACUUAACAUAAAAGAAGAAGUAAUGGGUGAGGAAACAGCAUCAGAGACUCCUGCAGUCAAUGUUCUAGUGGAGCCUACUGAUGAAGUACCAGCUAUUGAAGACUCAGUCCUCAUCAUUCCCCUGGAAGAUGAUACUACAGAAGAAGAAGUUGCCCAAUCAGAUAUUCUCCAGGAAGAAGAAGUAGAAGAAGAAGUCACAUCUCCUGAAGAGAUUGAAGGAUGUGACAGUGAUACAGAGGUGCUUGUUACAUCUGUCACGGAAACCCCAUGUGUGACAUUGACCAUAGAAACAGCCCUGGAUCCACAAGAAGAAAAUCUUGUAGUUGGGACAGAUGUUCACGUUGCAACAGAGAUCUUAACUGAAUCCUCAAUUGAACUUGUAACAACUAGUGCCCCCGCCAUCACUGAAGAGGGAGACAUCGUCCUAUCUCCUGAGGACCGUGGAAACAGUACCAGUAAUGAGACAUACAAUGAAGAUUUAAGGUCUGCAGCUAUGUCUACAGAAGAGGAGCCUGUUGUUUUGGUGAACAGAGGGACAGUGCUUGGUGUAGCAUUCUUCACACUGAUGUCUUUCAUCAUAUUUGGAUUUGUUUGGACGUCUGUAUCCAAGAAACUGCGAUAAAUGCAAGAUACUGAAGUAAAUCACUUCAACCUACUGUUUGAUGAAAUACGACUGAAGCAUUGAACCCUGGGGUUCUCUGCAUUGCAUCUGUGCUUGAGAAGAGCCCACUCAAAGAUACAAGCCAGUUUCUCCAAGGUUUGGACACCAAGGACAGUUUGGGAAGCUGUGGAAACCAGUGAAAGAAGACAAACAAAGAUCUUAAAGUAAAAGCAACAAUGCCUCCCUAUUAGAAACCAUACUCUUGUUUUAAAUUAGUAGAACUAUGGAAGGACUCUAUCAGUGAAAUACACUUCAAUUACCAAAGGUAACAACAUUCAUUCAGUUGAUUGGAUUCUGAUGCAAUAACUUGAAGGCAGCAUUUUUCCUUUGGUGCAUAGGCGGAGCCAAUACAACUUUUAUAUAUACUUGUGGGUAGAUGGUGCCCCAAGAAGUUUUCUUGUACACAACGUUUGUUAACUUUCUGUGUUUCUCUCUGAAUUGCACUUUAUCUUCCCUUGAGAUCUAAUCCCUUAAAAAAUGUGCAUAGCGCAACUAGUGGUCAAAAUCUAAUCAGUGAACCUUUAAAACUACUACAAUGCAUCAUAUUUCACAUGCUGGACAUUGGUUUGUUUUGUAAAAUCUUUAUCUACAAAGAAACUGCAGAUAUUACCAAAAUAAAUUCAGUGACAGAAAUACAAUAUUACUCUACAGUAUUGCAGCAUAAUGAAACACUCGAGUGAAUUACUGACAAAAUUUGCUCAAGUACAUUUUUCACCUUUUCUUUUUUAAACUGUGUCUUAACCUAAUGUAAGCUGUGGAGUGCCUAUGAUAUAAUUAGCGAUCAUAAAUGUGAGUAUGUGACUAACUUUAUUAACAAUGGUAGUCAUGUCUGGUAAAAUGUAUAUUUAAUGCAAGAGUGUUUUAAUAUUUUGGCAUGAUCUUCUUGUGACUGAAAUUUAUG